AUGCUGCGCCUUUUGGACAUACCUGUAGAAGGCAGGACGGUCUACUCGUUUGGAAAGGUCAGGGACAAGUUGGAAAACGGCAAGUACGAAGUGUCGUUUCGAGAGAAAACCAUCAUCAUCACUACAGACAGGCGUCUCAGCAUAGGGUCGUGGAUCCGCAUGUACGGGACAUUUAAGUCCGGGGUCCUGAGAACAAUCUUCGUUGGUGAGCUCGACGGUGUUGACAUAAAUCUUCUAGAAAAGGCUGUCAGGUAUGUAGCUUGUAGAAGGAAGAUUUAA